UAAAUAAAAUUUAUUAAAAUGAAAGCAGUUCUGUUAGUAUUCUGCAUAUUUAUUGCAACAACUCUGGCUUAUCAUAAUUUGGAGCACCACAAUAGUACUGAUAUUCUUGAUAAAAUUCAGGAAAGAGAUGGGCAAGUGUAUGUAUUAAUGUUCUAUUCCCCUGGACAUAAAGGUGGCACUCAUAAUUCCAAGACAGUUGAAGAUGAAAAGGAGCUCAUCAACAGAGUUCUAAAGAAACAUCCUUCCUUCCAUUAUGCUAAGAUCAACGCUGCUGAUCCAAAUUAUAAGGAUCUUAUUGAUACCUGCGGAAUUGUCACGACAGAACUUCAUGAGUCACCAAGUGUCCUUAUCAUCGAAGGAGGCACUGGUGUCUGGAUUCAUGGACCACAAACUGUUAACAAAAUAGAAGAGUUUGCAGAGGAUUUUCUUAAGAGAUCUAGAACUUCGCAUUAAUUCUUACAAUUCUUCAUAA